AUGCAUGUCGAUACUUGCCCUUUUAUAAUAUCACAUGUUCUUGGAAUUGAAAAAUCGAAUCAUAUUUCGGAUCUUAUCCGCCGAAUUAAUAAAACGUAUAAUUGUACAGAUCAUUGUUCUCUAGAAUGUGAAAAUGGUGGAAAAGUCAACCAUAAUUGUUUAUGUGAAUGUGGUUAUGCAUUUGAAGGUGAACGUUGCGAAAUGCUCACAAAACAACGCCUUUUCACUGACUCAAAUUGUGGUAUUUAUGAUAAAUCGAAUGGAAUAAUUUCAUUAAGCACUUAUCCGGAAUCUAUUAAUCGUGGAAUUUUUUGUCAGUGGUUGAUUCGAGCACCACCAGAAUAUAAAAUCGAAUUUGUUAUCAAUGAAAUUGAUAUUGAUACAGAUUCUGUGCCGUUGAGUCAAUUUUGCAAUGAUCUACUACUUAUUUGGGGAACUCUUGAUAUUGAAGAGAAAAUUUCAUGUAAAAAUCUAUCACAAUUAAACGGUAAAGCAAUGAUAAGCGAUUCGAAUUGGCUCCUCAUCGAGCUACGAAUGAAUCCUUGGUCGGAACGCUAUCGUAAAGGGCCUUAUAUAAGUUAUCGUCACGUUGAACCCGUGUUUCAAGAAGGUUGA